AUGUUGGAAGGUAAAGCUGUGAUAGAAGACACAGAUAUGGCAUUGGGGAUGCAAGCUCGAGCUUUGGCUUCUGCUUCUCGAGCUCUUGAUCUCUAUGAAUUUUUCGACUACAUUCCCAUUGCUGCAUAUAUUAAAAAGGAUUUUGACAAGAAGUAUGGGGGUGGAUGGCAAUGCGUGGUGGGCACAAAUUUCAGUUGUUUCUUCACCCAUUCCAAAGGAACUUUCAUCUAUUUUUCCAUAGAAUCUCUCAAUCUUCUCAUCUUUAAGGGAACUCAUUCUUCUACUUCUACUUCUACUUCAACUUCUUGAUGUGAUUCAUCGUAGGUUGUUGUUUCUUUGGGUUAGUUUCGUUGGAUGUCCCCAGACUAAUGGUUAAAUUUAAAAUCGGUCGGUCCAUCCGUUUCCAAAAUGUUUCCAUUGAUCACGAUCAAGUCUCUCUGGCAUUAAAUGUUAGCAUGGUUGUGGUUGUCCCAACCCAAGCUGGC